UGUUCUGUUAGUUCCGUAAAGCUUUUAUAGGGGGCUCUAGUUUCGCAGUUUUUCGAUGCGUACAUGCCUCCAUUUUACUUUCAUUUGAUUUCUGUCACCGCAAGAAUUUCUGUCUGCAAGAACGUAUUAAAUAAAUUGUGUUUUCUGUUUGUGAAAUAAAAAUAAAAAAUAAAAAAAAAUGGUCGACCAAUCCCUUGCCCAAACUGAAGCGGAAUCGACUUGCAAUGUGGUCCACAAUUUCGAGGGAAUCGAUCCAUCAGAAUUUUCUUCUAGAUUUGAUGUUCCAAACCAAAAAAAUGCUAAUACAUUUCGGUAUUGUAAUGAAUGCGAAGAAUGCGAUUCUUCUCAAGCAAUGAAAAACCUUGCCCAAAGCGAAGCGGAAUUGACCUACUAUGUGGUCCACUGUUUGGAGGUAUUCGACCAGUCCCCUGUCCAAACUGAAGCGGAAUCGACUUGCAAUGUGGUCCACAAUUUCGAGGGAAUCGAUCAGAAUUUUCUUCUAGAUUUGAUGUUCCAAACCAAAAAAAUGCUAAUCCAUUUCAAAAUUGUAAUGAAUGCGAAGAAUGCGAUUCUUCUCAAGCAAUGAAAAACCUUGCCCAUGCCGAAGCGGAAUUGCCCUACAAUGGGGUCCACAAUUACGAAGGAAUGGAGACAAUCGACAAUUUGUCAGAAGAUUUCCUACAGGAGACACCAAGGUUUACGAAAAGAAGUCUCAAUCUUGCUAAAACCACAGUGGAUUGUUGUCCAACUACACCGACCACACAUCAUAUUAAUAUGAAGCGCAGGUAUCCGCGAUAUAUAAACGAUAUAAAAACACCAGAUUGUGCAGGAUCAAAAAGAGCGAAAUUAAUCCUAGACGUAGCAAGGAGGGAUAUAGCUCGCGCUCGGAAACGUUCACGAACACUCACACAACAAAAUCGUCGACUACAUAAAGAGAUAUGGACUAUUAAGGCAACAAUAAAAGAAUUGAAAGAUAAGAAUCUUUUAUCAGAACAAUCAAUAUCUGAUAUCGUGGUAAGAGUUAACCCAGCGUCCGAUGUCCGCCAGCAACUACUUGAUGAAAUAACAUCCUUGUAUAUUAAGUUACGAAGAAACCAUGAAGCGAAAAAAAUUCGGGAACCAAAAAAGCACAUUCGUCAACAAUUUAGCAGACUUAUUUUGUUCAAUAAUCAGUAAAUUUAGGUGUUCAAAAACAAAUGAAAACAAUUCUGCUGUUAAACUUUAUCAAUAAUAUUUAUUAGGUUUUUGUCAACUAAGACAGUGUUAAAAUUUUUUCAAAAUUGAGGGUAAAUAUAUGCUUUAUUUAAUAAAAGUAAAUAUCACAUUAUUUAAGCUUAAGACAAUAUAUUCUUGUGUACAUGUCUGGUUGCAGACAACAACAAACAAUGUUUUUUACACAUUUUCUAAAUUUAAGGAUGUUGUUUAAAGUUAAACAACGUUUAUGUACCUAACAGCCCAUUUGUUUAAAAAGAAAGAAGAAAAUAUUUCGCCUUUUGAUUUAUUUAUUAAUCUCUAAAUAAAUACACAUAGGUACAUUAUUUUGUUAGUACCACAGAAAAAAAAAAAAUAAAUAACCAACACUAUUAAAGGAAAUGAAAACUAAUUAAUUUUUCUUAAUUCAUCAAUUUUUCUUAAUUUCUCAUUGGUUUUAUAAUUUAAUGAAAUUAAAGAUUAUUUUAUAUGUAUUCUAAAAAAAAAUAAUGAUAACUAUCUGUAUUUUAAAAAAUUGUGAUAAAUUGUGAUAGAUCAUAGAUCAAUGUAUCAAAAAAUUUAAAUAUAUGAUAUGUAUUGUAUUAAAACACAAAUAAAUUGUGAUAGAUUAUAAGAUGUAUCGAAUAAUAAAUAUAUAAUUCAAAAAACAUUAAAA